CCUUUGCAUUUUAAUGUUAGUGGUAAUAUUUGAAUAUUAGCUUCCGGAUAUUGAAUGCACAGAUGUAACAGGAAAUAUAUAGAUUUGCUCUAUACUUUACACUCACUUUACACACAGAUUGACGACCAUAAAGUCUGAAAUCCGAUUGAAAGUAUUUAGCACAAAUACAAAUAUACAAAUACCAGUUAAAAAAGGAGAAUACCACACAAAAUGCAACAUAGUCUACCACACUUGCCACAAUUAUACCACAAUUGCACCAUAAGGAAGGGAAAGCUUAGAAAUAGACUUCAAACAGUACUGUCCAUGGAUGUAAAAAAACAAGCUUGAAACAUCUUUAUUGAAGUUUAAGUUGGGAUAUUUGAUUUGCCCUUACAGGAAUAAUAUCCAUUACCUUCAGUUUGAUGGUGCAGUCGCCCCCUGCUGGUCCCUCUGGCCAGCAGCAUGUAAAGGCGUGGCCAGUCAUAUUUGUGCCAGUUACCUGACAGCAACAAGAUUAAAGGACGCUGCUGGCGGCGUCCGCUUUAAUCGACACAGAAGCAAAACAACAUGGUGGAACAAACAAGACAGCCGAGUCGCGUCGUCUCCCCCCAGGCUGGACCAGGGGAGGUGGGCGCUGACGCCCUGUUUGACGUGAACCUCAGGAUAAACGACAGAGCUGCACGGGCCUUCGGGCGCCGGUUGGCUGCGAUCGGAGAUCAGCUGGAGCGGGAGUGGACGGGCAGAAGACCAAACCACCGGCUACCAACUCCUCUUCACAUGCUGCGACCCGCUCAGGCACUGACCAGGACCAUUUAUCGAGAUAUCCACAGCCAGCUGUGGGGCAUCCAGGGCCUGUCUGCGGCGGUGAAGGCCUGGAUAGCGAGCGCCGCCCCGGGGGGGGCGGGGGUCCUCCGAGCCGACGCCUGGGCCGCCUGGGUGUGGAGUUUGAAACCAGUAACCUGCGCUGGCUGGACCAGAGGAGCACUGGUGGCUGCAGUGACUGUUUUCGGGGCCUUCUUGGUGGAAUGGAAAGACUAAAAAAAAAAAAAAAAAAAAAAAAGGCCCCAAGCGAGGUUUUAGGCCAUUAUACAUUUGACCAAAAUAUGUUUGCAAAAUUAAUGACAAUUAUUGUUUAUUUUCCGUUGUUAACUUCUACUUCUCUUUUUAUACUUUUUGAAAGAUGUAUUGAUUUUCAAACAAAAUCACCGUAAUUAUAUGAUUUAAAAAAAAAAAAAAUACUGUAAAAGGUGUAAUGGCAUGUGCAAAUGGUUUUUGCAGUUUUUCCCCAGGGAGUUGGCCAGCGUAUUGUAGCAAUGACGUGUUGGUUUACCGUUGUAUUAAAAUGUCAAAAAAGCAUGUUUCCCAUGACAGGACUGCUGCUGGCCUGCAGUCAUUUGUAUCCAUAUUAGUUUCCUACUGGCUUAAGACGCCAACAUUUUUACACAUAUGAAGUCUGGCUUAAUAUAACAAAAUAAUAAAUUAUGGGAGCUGGA